AUGGUAGCAGGAGUGGAGAAUGGUAGCAGGGAGAGACCUCCCCACUGUUACUGUCUGCUGGGGAGCAGAGUGGAGAAUGGUAGCAGUGAGAGACCUCCCCACUAUUACUGCCUGCUGUGGAGCAGAGUGGAGAAUGGUAGCAGGGAGAGACCUCCCCACUGUUACUGCCUGCUGGGGAGCAGAGUGGAGAAUGAUAGCAGGGAGAGACCUCCCCACUGUUACUGCCUGCUGGGGAACAGAGUGGAGAAUGGUAGCAGGGAGAGACCUCCCCACUGUAACUGCCUGCUGGGAAGCAGAGUGGAGAAUGGUAGCAGUGAGAGACCUCCCCACUGUUACUACCUGCUGGGGAGCAGAGUGGAGAAUGGUAGCAGGGAGAGACCUCCGCACUGUUACUGCCUGCUGGGGAACAGAGUGGAGAAUGGUAGCAGGGAGAGACCUCCCCACUGUUACUGCCUGCUGUGGAGCAGAGUGGAGAAUGGUAGCAGUGAGAGACUUCCCCACUGUUACUACCUGCUGGGGAACAGAGUGGAGAAUUGUAGCAGGGAGAGACCUCCCCACUGUUACUGCCUGCUGGGGAGCAGAGUGGAGAAUGGUAGCAGUGAGAGACCUCCCCACUGUUACUGCCUGCUGGGGAGCAGAGUGGAGAAUGGUAGCAGGGAGAGACCUCCCCACUGUUACUGCCUGCUGGGGAACAGAGUGGAGAAUGUGUGCUGGGCCGUCGUGACAGUGACAGUGACUCCCAAGGUGGAGGUGAUCAAGGGAGAGUCAGCCAGUCUGCCCUGCACCUUCAAAAUCCCUCCCUCCCCGAACAACAUUGUAGAGUGGUUCAUUGAGGAGGGUGGCACUAGGAAGCGUGUUGCGUUCCGCUCCGUGUCGGGCGGCGAGGGGAAGAGUGAUGAGGGGACACGUCUGUCCGACAGAGUGACCAUGGGAAGGGACUUUUCUCUGACCAUCUCCCCCGUGGCGGUGGAGGACCAGCUGCCCUUCUACUGCCAGGUCACUGCUGGCCCUGCUGGAGUCGGAGAGGCCAUCACACAGCUCAAAGUCUUCUUCGCUCCAGAGAUGCCAGAGGUCACUGGAUCCAACCAGGCCAUAUCUGUUGGUGACUCCUCCACACAGGUGGGCCAGUGUGUGAGCCAUAACGGUCACCCCCAGCCCAGGAUCAUCUGGUUCCAGGACUCCAAGCCUCUGCCUGAGGUCAAGGACAACAAAGAGAAGGUGUACAUGGUGCCGUCAGUGGUAAAGGAAGCAUCAGGUCUGUUCACCAUCACCAGCACCCUGAUGAUGCAGCCCCAGAAGGCUGACAAGGACAGCGUGUACCACUGCACCGUGGAGUACAGCAUGCCCAACGACAUGAUCAAACAGAUCGACUCUGACACCUUCUCCCUUACCCUCAACUAUCCCUCUGAGACAGCGACCUUUGUCCUGGCAAACACUGAGCCAAUCAGAGAGGGUGACGAGGUGAAGAUGAUGUGUGAGACAGAUGGAAACCCUCAGCCUGAGUUUGAUUUCUCCAAGGAUGGGAUAAACAUUAAGGAAGGAGUUGCAUGGGGACUUUUGACUCUGAAGUCCGUCAAGCGUUCGGAUGCUGGGGUGUACAAGUGUACGGCCACCGACUUUGAUAACCUGGAUGCUGAUCUUAAUGGAGAAGUCACUCUCUCUGUCCACUACAUUGACCCAAUGAGUGUGAGGCCUGCCGGUCCAUUGUCGACAAUGACGGGAGACAUGGUGGAGCUGCAGUGUAAGACCAAGGCCUCAGACACACACACCGUCCAGUGGAAGAAGGGCUCCACGGUGCUGUCCCAGACUGGUGUCUUGUCUCUGAAGUCAGUGACAUUCGCUGAAGCUGGCGAGUACUCCUGUGUGGGCGCAGUGCCCUCUGUGCUCGGACUCACCUCCAAGGCCAGCGUCAAUCUCACCGUCUCAGGUAAACCUGAGAUUGAUGCAGCUGUUGAUGGAAUGGUGGAGAAGGAGGGAGACAUGGUGACUCUGUCCUGCUCUGCUCACGGACACCCUGCCCCACAGUUCACCUGGACACCCUCAGGAAAGGAGUCGGUGUCGGUGAAGGGUAACAAGGUGGUCAGUAUGGUCACGCUGGAGGCCAGUGCUGCGGUCCUGAAGGACGGGGUCACCUGCGAGGCCAGUAACGACCACGGCGCAGCCUCCCAGGCCUUCAAAGUCACCACCAAACAAGCCGUCGAUCCCAACGCAGCCAAUGAUGCAGGCAGAGCUGAUAAGCAGCAGGGUGGCUCCAGUGGCGUGGUGAUAGCCGUGGUGGUGUGUGUCCUAAUGCUGCUGCUGCUGGUGGCACUCCUCUACUUCCUCAACAAGAAGGGCAAGCUGCCCUGCAGCAAGAAGGAUGAGAAGGAAGUGGCAAGUGGGGAUGUGAAUAAUGACAUUGUGGUGGAGAUGAAGACAGAAAAGGCCAAUGAAGAAGCUGGCCUCUUGAACAAGCCAGCAGCACAGCAGUGAGGAACAGAGGAGAAUAUGACACAAGAAGACAGAAAGAGAGGGAUGAAGGGAUGGAUGAAAAACGACAGCAGGGCUUGUUUUAUUUUUGAUAGAGGGAGAAAUCGGACUGAGGGAGAAAAGACAGUGUAAUGGGAGGGUGUUUUUGUAGGGAUGGGGGGUAACCAUGGAGGGGGGGGGUAUUUAAACAUGAGACCUAAUACAUCACUGGACAUCAACUGACUUCAUCAUGACAUUAUCAGAGCGUAAUCCCUGUCCACCAAUCACAACUCUUGGUUGACUCCCAUGCAGAAUAGAGCUGUACAGUAAACAUGUGUCCAACGUGACUCUAGCCACAGUAACCCUUUUCUACCCCAAUCCAAACACACUGUUUGUUGCAGGAGUGUGUGUGCGUUCGUGUGUGUGUGUUUGUGAGUGUGUGUUUGUGAGUGUGUGCUGUAUUGCAUUGUGUCUGAGCUGUGGGUUGUUCUUCGUUCAGUCAGUGUAGUGGAUGUGUCUGUUCUGUGUGGAGUCUGCAUCUAGCCCAUUCUGGUGGACAUGGGAAAAACACAAACUGUCAUCCUACUCUAUUCAUCCCUACGCUGAUUAUUGUGUCACUCUGAAUUCUAUCCCGUAACAUAGAGAUCGUGCCUGCUGUUACAUAAAACUUAAGGAUCAUAUUCUAUGCCCAAUACGAAGACCAGCAGCAUAUUAGGCACGAUACUGCAGAUGUACUUUCUAACAAAACGUUUCGGUCGACCAGGGCAAGCCAGGCCCACUUAUACAAGUCAAAAGUCAUUCCAACCUAAAUCCACUCCGGCCUUCUGAUAAGAGCCUAUAGUACUGUAUAUAAUUUUAGACUGUUCUAAGCUGGGGGAACAUACCCCUAUCUCCCUGUUUGCUUUGGUCCUGGCCAGAGUCCUCUCUUUACAGGAUGACAGGAAAUAGAAGACUCUAGUCCCUGUGUAUCAAUUCAUUGUUUAGUUUAUCAUUUCAAAUCUAUUAUGUCUAUUCAUUUAAUGAAAUUCCUUUCAGCUGUUACCUUAGCAACAGCUGUGACAAUUUCUAAAUUCCUGAUCCCUUCCUGUGUAAAUGUUUUUUAUUCUCAAACCAAAAAGAAACAAAAACGACAAGCUAUUGGGUGUACAAAUAAUUUUCAAAAUGUUGACGAAAUGUAUAUUAUGUAUCAGGUCAUUUGUUUUCUUCUUUUUGUUGCUCUGUCUCUGCAAACUGAAUACUGUAUAACCUGUCAAUCAAAUGGAGGCUUACUAUAUACGUGAGGUGAAUCUGAAUGAAUCUGUGUGUUUACUGUGUUGUUAGAGUCCUGACCCUGCUACAACUCUCACCGUAUUUCAUAGCCUACUGUCCUUCUCUGAGCAAAGCCAUUUUCAGAAACACAACACUCCCUGUUACACUCAGCUCACCCAAUUAUCAUCCCCUAGCUCUGGAAAAUUGUAGUAAUCUGGCAAAAUGGGGAGUGUUUUUGUCCUCCGUUGACAAUCUGAAAUCUCUGCCAGCUGCACUACCAUUUCCUUCAGCACAGAUUGGCUUUGCAGGCCGGAUGGGUUAGCAACACAGUGAGCACAGAUUCACCUACGAACGUCACAGACACAGGUUAGUCACAGCUUGAUAAGGGAGAGAG